UCAGUUUCUGAGUUCAAAAUGGUGCGCAUCGCAUAAGACGUACAAUUGGCUUUUGUGUACAUUUAUUGUUUGUGAGUUAUUUCCUUUAUGCAAGUGAGAAAAAAAAGUGUGAUUAGAUAAACGUACUUAAAGGUGUGCUUAUACGUUAAUUGAAUUGCAAUCGUAGUUGUCAAAAAUGCUGGAAACCAAGAGCAUCUCUGCUUUAGCAUUCAACGAGACGCCGCGCAAACGCAAACGGGAAACUGGCUGUGCCCCGUUGCCGCCACCCUUAAAAAGCGAAGUGGCAGCUGCUGUUGCAGCUAGUGCGUCGUCAUGCUUCACCAACGCUGCAUUUAGCUCGACGCCAAAGAAACUUGUCGGACGUCGUCGUCUGCUCAAAGAGAAUGAGAGCCUAAAUCCGUUUAUUAAUCAGCCUGGACUGGAAAUUAAAUCUAUUGCGGACUUAUCGGUCGUGCAGCAGCAGAAGGAACAACAACAACAGCAGCAGAAGCUACCAGUCAAUCCCUUUGAAGUUGUGCGUCAGCCCUCCAAGAAAAAGAAGCGCGAGCACGCCUGCUUUGAGAAUCCGGGUCUCAAUCUCGAGCUACCCGAGCGUCAGUUCAAUCCCUACGAGGUGGUACGUAGCGUUGCCACGCCCACCAAGUGCUUUGUCAACGAGGCGCUCAAUUUGCGAGGCAGCGAUGCGCCCGCCUCGCUGAAUCCCUUUGAGAUACAUCGUCGCAGCGAUAUCUCGACUGCAGCUAGCAAUCCGUCGGGCGUUGCCAAUCCCGCACUGGCCGAUGAGCCGCUGCCGACGAGCCUAAAAAUUGGGCUACCAUUCACGCCCACACUGGGCUGCCGCAUUGAUUUCCAUGGCAUGUCGCUGGCGCAGCUGACGCCCAGCAAGCUGCUUGCCGAAAAGCUGGUCUUCUCGCCCGUGCUACCGCCGGCUAAACAGUCGCUGGGUGCCAUCAGCGAGGAGAGCAGCAGCAUGGAUAUUGGCAAGGAACUGGAUCGUUAUCAGCUGGAGCUGGAGAACAGCAUUAACGAGGCCAAGCUGCGCAAGAAUGGCGUUGUGCUGGAGACAAAGCAGACGGAGUUGGAGGUGGUGCUGGAGCAGAAACCGUCGCUAGAGCUGGAGCAACGCAUUGUAUGCACGCGCAGACACACUCUGACCGAGAUCAUGGAGGCGCCGGAGGAGCCAGAGGAGUCAGUGCAGCAGGAGUCUCUGCCGCCUCAGCUAGCAAUUGUCGAGCAGGCGCUGCCAUCUCAACCGCCAGUUGUCGAGCAGGAGCCCAAUCACGCAACUGUCGAGCAGGACCUGGAAAGCGGCGAUGUGGCAUAUGCUUCUGAAUCCGAACCGGAGGAAGAGAAUGAUAUUGAGCUGGACUUCAAGGCGCCGGCAAGGUUCGUGCGCGCCUACCGCCCGGCAGCAACAGUUGCCGGCAGCAAGGAAUCGCUGCAUUCGAUAGCAUCCAGCAAAUCGUCCAAAUCUGCGGAGCUGCAGGCCAGCAGCGCGGGCCAUGGCGUCAGAAACAUGAUACGCAAAUCCAUACGCAGGCUAAUGCAUCCCAUGCAGCAGCCGCAGCAGCAGGAACAGCCGCUGGAGUCCGCGGAGAAGCCAGCAACGCAGCCGCACAACAAUAUCAUGAGCAGCAUACGGCACAGCCUGCGCCGACGGCCGCACAAGCCCCAGCCCGUGGAGGAGUACACCCAGGCGGACAUCUCCAUCGUGGAUAGCAGCGAGCGGACAAUGAAGCUGCGCUCUAGCAUACCGCAAACCGAAUAUAUGCGCAUCGAGCAGCUGACCAACGAGAAGAAGCACACGCUGCGCAACAGCAUUCGCCGAUCCACGCGCGACGUGCUCCGUCAUGUGUUCCACAAGAGCCAGGAUGCCUAUGCGACGGCCAAGUGAACAACAGCACUAUUUACCUGUGCCCAGGCAUAAAACCUAAAACAUGUUCUUUAGCACCCAAAGAUUGUCUACAAUGCAACCAAACCGAAGUUUGGCUGCGUAUUUUUUUUUCUAUCUAUUUUAAGUUUUAGCUGGCAGCUACGGCGGAUAGUGCAGCUAUUUUUGGCUGUUUUCAGCAUUGAAUUUAGCUACUUUUAAAGCCGAAUAUUAAAUACCCUUGCAAGAUUGAACAAUCCUCGUAAUCAGGUAAACAGUACCUGGAAGAAAUAGAACGUUGUAUCCACAUGCUGCCAGAUAAUAUCUCGAAAGACAAGCCGAAUUUUUUCCAAAUAGAAUUUUGAAUAGCAUUACAUUUUCUUGAUUUAAGAGCCGAAUGUCUAUAUACCGCCAUAUAUAGCACAAUCUGAACUUAUCUUGAUCAAAUGUUAAAUCGUUUUUUUUUUUAAUUUUUGUAAGAUUUGAAAUGUGCUUGAAUUUUCUUUUUGCGCCACAAAAUAAGAGAUAUUUAUUGGGAAAGUUUGAACUCGGCUUAAGAAUAGAUUUUAUUUAUUGAUCGGCAUUACAUUUGCUCAACUUAAUUUUUGUAUAUGUUAAUUUAAUUAUAAAUUAAUUCUGGAAUUUAUUUCUGAACUCUCAGAAACGAUCUGAAAGUUAUACAAAUAUUUUGCCAGUUUUCUGGUUCGAUACUUUUUUAAUGCGACCUCACACUUUUAUAAAAAUCGAAAUUUUGGA